AUGCUAUUCAGUCGUGUUGGACUGUUGUCCUUCAGAAGAGGUUUGCAUCUUACGGCAGUCCAGCUAUCUCAGGAGGCCGCUGCGACUUCAAGCAAGCUAAGCAAAGAUCAGCUGAAAAAACGGGAAUUGCGCAGGCUUGCGCAGCGGAAAGCAGCGGCCAGGCGGCCUGCAAGUGCGUCUCCUCUCUAUAUGCCUGUACAGCAAGCUCUGCGGUUUUUGCGGGCAGCAGAGGUCGGGCAACCCGCCACGCAGCAGACCAUUAGUGUGAACACGAUGGUGAUUGGCGACAAAGGUGCGGCACUCUUAUCCGGCACGGUGACUCUGCCCAGCCCGAUGAGAGAGACCAAGGUUGCCGUAUUCACGAACGAUCCCGAGCAGGCGGAGACUGCCCGCACCAAGUACGGCUGCUACCUGGUGGGUGGUGCGGAGCUCGUGGAGCAGUUGAAGAGCGGAGAGGUCAAGGUGGACUUCGACAAGGCGUUUGCCACUCCGGACAUUGCCCCGCUCAUGGCGGCGAAACUGGGCCGGGUUCUGGGGCCCAAGGGCCUCCUGCCCUCGGCCAAGAAGGGGACGGUGGCCGGCGAUCUUUCGGAACUACUUGGCGACGACAUAAACUCCACGCCGUUCAAGCAGCGCAACAACUGCAUCAGCCUUGCCAUUGGUAAAUGCCACUUUUCUGACAGACAGAUUAUGGAAAAUCUACUCGCCGUGCAGGCUGCGUUCCGGGCAGCGAUGACCUCGCAGAAAACCAAAAAGACAAGUUUGUUUGGAACUACCACCCUGACCUCUACGCACGGGCCGGGAAUAGUCAUCGACUUUCUCAAGUGA